AUGGCGGAAAAAACUGUCGUCUUCAUCACCGGCGCAAAUACCGGAAUCGGCUACGAAACCGUACGCGCACUCGUGGGACAGACGGCACGGACAUAUCACGUCUUUCUCGGCAGUCGCUCGGUUGAGAAGGGAAACGCGGCUGCUUCGGCUCUACGGGCUGAGUUCCCUCAGACGACCAGCGUGGUGGAGGUGAUCCAGAUUGACGUCUCAAGUGACGAGUCCAUCAACGCCGCCUACGAGACAGUCAAGGCGAGCCCAGGCUACGUUGAUGUGCUGGUGAACAAUGCCGGCAACUCACUCGAGAUGAAAAUGUUUAAGGGCGAGUACACCAUGCGCGAGGCGUGGAACCAAAUGUACGACGUCAACGUCACUGGCGCACAAAUCCUCACGCACACCUUUGUUCCGCUGCUGCUGAAGUCCCGGACCAGGGACGCGCGCCUGCUGUUCCUGACCAGCGGCCUGGCGCAGCUCGAGACCAUGUACCGGGAGUACUACCCGGGCCCGCCACCACCGGCUGGGUGGCCGAAGCAGGCCGUCAUGAGCCCGGACGGGUACCGCUCGAGCAAGACGGCGCUCAACAUGAUGAUGCUGGCAUGGCACUGGAACUUGAAAGAGGACGGCGUCAAGGUCUGGAGCAUCUCGCCGGGGUUCCUGGCCACGGACCUGGGCGGCGCCAAGGAGCUGCUCAAGGCGCGCGGGGCGGGCGACCCGGCAACCGGGGGCGUACUGAUCAGGAGGGUUAUUGAGGGAGAGAGAGACGGCGACGUGGGCAAGGUGGUGGACGGGCAGGGAGUACAGUCGUUUUAG